AUGUGGACCGAUGGUGCCCCAACAGAGGGCGUGGUAUUGAAGAGAGCUAAAAAUGACUUCGUGUGUCAGCCGCCAGAACUGUCACAGCAACUGUUCGGAUUCUUCGACGAAGUACGAAAGCUUAACGUCAAGGUUGCCAUGACAGUAAAAACAGCAGUCAUCCGAACCUUUUUGAAAGAAUACAACCUACCAUUCGUUCCGCUGAACAACGGGCUUCAGCUUCAGGUCCUGCCCAAUAUUGGCAGCCUCUCGCGAUGCAAAAAGCAUCAUUAUGCAGCCUUUAUCAAAGAUGUCGGCAUGCUGGUCUGUUGGGAGGACGAUCCAAGUGAUAUCAUACGCCGAGUUGAGAAGAUCGAGAGUCACCUCGUCGAAAUGCUCUGGCAGCUGGAAGACUCCAAGCAAGAUCUAGAGGACGCGAUCGAGAACAAUGAAAAGCUCAACAACUACAGUGAGGUCCGCUCUCCUGCCAUGGUGGAUACCAAGGAGGUGGGACCGGACGACUCUGAUGAAGAGCUCGCAGUCGAGAAGCCACGACCAACUAUGCUCUACCAAUCUUUCCUGGUCGGUCUUGCCGGUAUCCUGGUGGUCUUCACUCUUGGCAUCGGUUGGCGUCGGCUGGCGAUUGAGGUCAAAGUUGACAAGCAGUAUACCCGACUUGCACUACUCGUGGUCACUCCAUUGCAAAUAUGGAUAGGAUGGUUCUUUUUCCAAUCGCUAAUCAGCGGCGUUGCCCAGACUAUAGGCCCGGUCAAGCAAGUUGUACAGAACUCCAAGUCUUUCACAGGUCAAGCACCGAAGCGCAUCUGCGCACCGUUACCUCAUGUGACCGUCCAAUGUCCUGUGUACAAAGAGGGUCUGCAAGCUGUUAUCCAUCCUACCAUCGUCUCUAUCAAGAAAGCCAUCUCAACAUACGAGCUUCAGGGCGGCACUGCCAAUAUCUUCGUCAAUGACGAUGGUAUGCAGCUACUUCCUCCGGACGAGGCUGCGGCUCGACGUACCUUUUACGAGGAUAACAACAUUGGUUGGGUUGCACGACCAAAGCAUCUACCAAAAGGCGAUAGUGAAGGUAAAAACAUUUUCGUCAGAGCUGGCAAGUUCAAGAAAGCUUCAAACAUGAACUACGCUAUGAAUGUCAGUGCUCGUAUUGAGGACGCCAUGAUAGACGUCCAACGUGAGACUGGUUGGACUCAAGACGAUGAAGAUGCUCUUUACGAGCAAUGCCUGGGUCAAAUUCUCGACGACGAUCAAGGCCGUACCUGGGCUGAGGGAGAUCUAAGAAUUGGCGACUACAUACUUAUCAUCGACUCCGAUACUCGUGUCCCCGAAGAUUGUUUUCUGGAUGCUGUCAGCGAGAUGGAGCAAUCACCGCAAGUCGCUAUCAUCCAAUUUUCUUCAGGUGUUAUGAACGUCACCACCUCCUUCUUCGAACAAGGUAUCACUUUCUUCACUAACCUGGUUUACACGGCUAUCCGCUUCGGUGUCUCGAACGGUGACGUUGCUCCCUUCGUAGGACACAACGCUAUUCUUCGCUGGUCUGCUGUGCAAGAUGUUUCCUAUGAACAAGAUGGUGUUGAGAAAUACUGGGCUGAGAACACAGUCUCUGAAGAUUUCGACAUGGCUCUACGUCUACAAUCUUUAGGCUACAUCCUGCGUUUCAGCACCGUCUUCGGCGAUGGCUUCAAGGAAGGUGUCUCCCUUACUGUCUACGACGAACUCUCCCGAUGGGAGAAAUACGCGUAUGGUUGCAGUGAGCUCAUCUUCCACCCAUUCCGAUACUGGCUAGUCCGUGGUCCUUUCACUCCUCUCUUUCGCCGCUUCAUCGGCAGCAACAUGUCGGUAAUGGCCAAGAUCACUAUCCUAUCCUACGUCGGCACAUACUUCGCCAUCGGUGCUGCAUGGAUCCUAACUGUCGCUAAUUAUUUCCUCAUCGGCUGGCUCAACGGCCAUCUCGACCAAUACUACGUUGACAGUUUCAAAGUCUACUUCGGUAUCAUCGUCGUCUUCCAAGCCCUGGGUACCGUCUCUCUCGCUGUCCUACGCUACCGCACAGAAAACCGCAGCAUCCUAGGCUCACUAUGGGAGAACUUCAAAUGGCUCCUCCUGCUCACCUGCUUCCUAGGCGGCAUCAGUCUACACGUCUCACAAGCUCUGCUGUGCCAUCUGUGCGGCAUCGACAUGUCCUGGGGCGCGACAGCAAAGGAAGCCACGGAAACAACCUUCUUUAAGGAAAUUCCCACCAUUGCCAAGAAAUUCAAGUUCACCUUCAUCUUCUGUGUCUUUAUGACCAUAGUGAUGCUUGUGCUUGGUGGUGUCGGACCAGUCGGGCAGUUCGUACCUUUCGGCUGGCACAUCACAGACUUUACGGCGAUAUUCCCUCUGGCUAUUCUGGUUGCCUUCCAUUUCCUGAUGCCGUUGGUGCUAAACCCUGGUCUGAUGCAGUUCACUUUCUAA